AUGAACCCACAUCUUCCCUUGAAUCUCACACAUGGAUACUUGUUUUCUAGCAUUGAGAUUCCGAGUGAAGGUACACGUUAUAACACCGCAAUUGCCGUAGAUUGGGAUGCAAAUACGCUCACGGUUUAUGCGUCUGAAGGUGAUGAGGAAUUAAAGAAAGUUGCGGGACCGGUGACGAACUCUCCCAAGGUCGUUGAAGCUGACAACAAGCUGACUGGAGAAUGGCAUGUUCAACUGAUCAAAUUUCCCCGUCCUAACCCUGCUGAUCCUUAUGACCAAAGAAGUGAUGUAGUACACAAAGGUCUUCAGGAAUCUGUGCAUGAGGGAAUUUUCUUCUCGAGGAUGUUUGUAGAGGAUGGCGCAAAGGGUAAAAUCACUACUUCUGUUACUGGAGAGGCUACUGUGGCUCAGAGUCCAAAAACAAAGAUAUCAAGAGCUAGAGAUUGA